UCAGGUUUCAGAUCCACUUUCCUGUUUACACUACAGCAUUUCACCUGUGAGCUGAACUGAAAGGUGGAGGAGAAGUGAUGAGACACGGCGACCUACAGAGCUUUACCUAAUCAUGCAGCCACCAAGGGAACAUCGUAAAGGGUCCAGUUGCAAAGCACACAAGCACUGGAAUGAGGUGAAAACAUUUGAGUCAGAGAGAGAGUUCUACCUUGAACAGACAUUAGAAGACCCUUGCCUGCCACAGGACACACACCUCUGCACACAGACUGGAGCCAGCGACCACAAAUCUGACACCUCAGAAGAUGGGACCAAAUCUUUUCCAGAAUUCAUAGAUGGUCUCAUCACUUCUCUCCAUCCUCUCAGGAUCCACAGCAGCUCGUCUGAGCCACCUCGAGUCCCAACGCUGCAGGAGUGUGAAGUCAUCAUACGGCAGUUGUAUAAUGCCAACAGUCUUCAGUCUCAGGAGAUUCUCCGCAUCAAGGCCAUCCUCAGGGACAUCGUUUUCAACCGGAAAAUCACCCCAGAGAACUACAUUAUGGCCAAAGCCUAUCUCUGUGAUGAGAAAAGCAGAGCUGAGGAACCAGAGAUGUUUCCAAAGCUUCCUUUUCGAUCCCUGCCCAAAGGACUGGCAGUGUGUCCGGCCAACAUGGCAGAAAGAGUGAUCCUUCCUUCACUCAAACAGAGCUUCAGCAGGAGAACUCGCGCUGUACAAAGGAGCCGCUUAUGGAGAAAAACUACUUAAAAAAACUUGACCCAGUUAUUUGCUCAAUUGUAAUUGAUCACAAAUAAUAUAUAGAUAAAACUUUUCAGAUACCUGACUAUAAGAUUGGUAAUUUUUAAACAUCCCAUUCUACAUUUAGGUUGUUGUAAUAACCACCGCUCUUCUGUGAAAAUGUUUCAUUAGAUUAUAGAUUGUGGUUGUAGGUUUGUGCUCGUUCAGCCACAAGUGUGUAAAUAAAGUCAGGUACUGUUGUAAGGUGAGGAGGCCUAGGGUGCAGUCAGCAUUCCAGUUCAUCCCAAAGGUGUUUAAUUGGGUUUAGAUCAGAGUGAAUCUCCUAGGGAAGGGAAAAUUUAAUUCCACCGCAUCCAAAGACAUCAUACACAAUCGUGUGCCUCUGUCUUUGUGGGCACAGAUUGGGGAAUAACAACAUAUUAGGACGCCUGACUUUUCCAGCCAUAUUUCUGUCCAUAUGAUACAUUUGUGUUUCCAGAAUUAACUUGUUUUAUAAACAGAACCAUUAACAAAAAAACCCCAUAUAAAAUCCAAACUAAAUCCAACAAUUACCAGAUUUCACCAGCAAGGGGCGAUCAACUACAAAAAUGUAAAAACACCUGAAAGCUCUUUGUUUUUAAAAACAAAGAAUUUCAGGGCAUUUAGUUUUUUAAACAAUCUUUGUCAUUGAUGCUAAGAUGUAUAUUUAAAAUGACAAGGCAUUUCAUUUAAUCUGCAGUAAUUCAGUACAAAUUACAGGUAAAAUUGUCCAGUUUAUUUAAGGGUUAAAACUUAAAAAUCUUUAUAAUUCUUGUUAUCCAGCAUGUACAGCGAUUGAUUAUUUUAACUAAGAAAUGUUUUUCCAUUUUCUAUGCAUAAAGCAGUUACUGAUUUCAGAUCCUGUUAGUUUCUAUUCAUUAUUUUCUUAUAGCAAUUAUUUGUGAUAAAUAUACAAAAACAAAAGAAACGCUUUUUCAGAGGGGUAUACAGUAAUUUCGAUCUGAUUUGCACAAGAUAUCGUCAUGAUGUUUGUGCAUCCUUACAC